AUGAAUCAUAGCAAAACAGGAGCUUCGUUAUCAUCUUCGACCCGUUUGUCUGCAUCUGCCAAACCCUUUACGCUCAACCGCAGCACCCAACAAUCCACUUUGAAAUUCCCUGUUCAUUCCGGCCAGGAACAUGCUCUGUAUUCGCCCGAUCACGGUAGCUCCGAUCCCUUUGGUUCUUUGCUUGAUUCGUUUCCUAAAUUCAACUUAGCUGCUAAGGGUAACCCGGUAUUUUCUUCCCCUCUGGGUGACUCUGGGUUUGGUCAUGAGGCAGUUUCUGCAGCUUUUCCUAUUGAGCCUGUUUCUCAGACUCAAGCUGACGAAGAGUCCCUUUUGCCGCAUCCUUCGAUGGAUUUUCAAGGAAAUGAUGACUUUGUUGAUCUUAAUGAGUGGGACCUUGAUAUGCCGAAGGAGCUUCCAUUACCCUUACCCGUGUACUGUUCAAACAUUACUGGUUUAGGCUCUGGCACUUGUACUGGGUACGAAAUCAAUCAUGGGAAUCAAGGAAAGGAUUCUUAUGAGAGCUUGUUUGGCAUUGGAAAGGAUGAUGACGGUUCAACUCCUAAUGGGAGCAUCAGUCGAAAAGGCAAAAUGCAAGGUGGUGCCAAACCAAGUUCUGUUCUGAGAUCAAAUAGUGAUGAUCAUCCGUUCAUAUUUUCAACAUCAGAUAUGUCCUCUUCUGCAGAGGUGAAUAAUGUUUCUCACUGUCAAGGCUGUCACAAGCCAUCUGGGGUGACACGCAGUGCCUCUAUUUCAAGUGGAAUUCCAGAUGGGCGAUACUUCUCAGAAAUUUCAUCUUCUACAAGCAACAUUGCUUCUGACUCGACAGGAAGUCUUCGUGCAGAAAUACAUGGACCAUCAAGUCAUUGCUCGAUUCUUUUGCCUUCUGAUUCAUCAAAGAAUAUGGAUCUCUUGACAGGUAGUUGGGGAACUGUUGAUGAUAAGGACUGUUCUAGUUCUAUUUUAUCUGGUUCGAAGGACUCCUUUACCGUAUUUAAUGCUGAAGGCAAAGGAACUGAUGAUGGUGAUACAGAGAAGCCUAAGAAGAUUUUCAAAUCUGUCUCUUUUGAUGCUAGAGGUCACUCAACAAUUACCACAAAUCAGGUCAUGUUGAAGUCUGAUGAAUCCAGUGGUGGUGUUUCCAUUCAAACUUCCAAAAGUUUAGGCGAUAGUGAUUCUGAUUUGGAUUCUCCUUGUUGGAAGGGAAAGAUGACUUCUCAAUCUUCUUCAGAAAUUUUAGGAUCGGUACAAACACAUGAUUUUGAGAAGGAGCUCAAAAAAUCUAAUACUCUGAAUCCUUUGGCACCUCAGUUCUUUCCUGGAAAUGCUGAAGGAAGCAGUCGUCUUGGUGGUAAAAUGGCUGAAGAUGAUCUUUUAUCUUCCAAAUCCAGCGCGCCUUUAGCUGUUCACUUCUUGCCAGCAGAGAACAAACAAACGAAGACUGUGAUGGCAGAUGCACAUCCUGUAGGAUUGAAGGGAGUUGAGCUUCUGCAUUCCAAUAACUUGAAUGAAAGUGUGAAGGCAUUUAACCUUGUCAGUGAUCCGAAAGGCUGUUCAAAGGAAACUAAAGAUGAUAUGACCAUGGGGUCACUAAGAGGUUUUCUCCCUCUCAAGUAUCAUUCUCCAACUUCAAGUUCAUCAUCAUCUGAAGCUGGUCUUGUUACUAAGCUUUUUGAAACACUUCAAGGUGUAUCCAAGUCUUUGAUUGAUUCUCCAAAACUUGAUGUUCAGAAAAUGAUUAAUGGAAUGCUUAUUCUUUCUGAGUUGCUUUUACAAUCUUGUGUUCACACAUUAGAUUCACAUAAACAACAUGAUCACAAUACAAUCCAGCACAUAAUCAAUAACCUGAAUGAGUUUAGUGCAAUUUACAGCGGCCUAAUGAUUUCAGCCGUUCAGUCAACUGGCCUGGAUCUCCGUGGCAGGUCAUUAGAGCUUCCCAAGCAUUCGGGAAAUUUAAUUGAGGAAGCAAAUGUUGAGACCUUUGCUAUUCCAACAAAGCUUCAUAAUCAGAAUGAUAAUGGGUUGCGAAGCAAUGUUUCUAAAGUGAUUGCUGAGAGAGGACAAUAUUCUGUAAGAUCAAGCAGUGAUGUAGGCCCUGAGAAAGAAAAUGAAGUUUUUCAGGUUAUAAGGAGAAAUCUUGGCAAAAAUCUUGAUGCUGAGGAGCACUUGCACUCACAGGCUAUGCUGUAUAAAAACUUAUGGCUUGAUGCCGAAGCAGCAAUGUGUUACAUGAGACGGAAAAUUUAUCUCAGGCUUAUGGAAACUGGGAUGGAUGUAAAUCAUGCAGAUCUUGUGGACUUGUGGAGAUGAAUGAGCCUUGUUCGCGAGGCUGCACCCGCAACUAAAAAUUGGUUAUCCGAAGUUCAGUCUGUACAUAUUCAUGAUACACCAUUUCUGGUUUGUACAAAAGCUGCUGAUUCAUGUGGCUGUAGUUAGAUAUCAGUGAUUGGACUUGCACUCUGUAUUUAUCCUCUGCUCACUGUUCUACAUUGAGUCGCUGCUUCUUGUACAAAAUCGACUGGUUCAUGAGGUUGUAAGCAACAUAUCUUGAGUGCAUUUAAAGAAGAAAUAUCACGUUGUAAAUUCCAAUCACCUUUUGUCAUUAUACAGACAAACCUGUCAAUGUCUGGCACUUUGGUUGAAACCACUAAAGUUAAUAUUCUUAACUAAGGUUUUACUCCAUUGUUUCGUUCAAACGGGGGAAUAUAGAACUUCACUCAUCCAGUUCUAGUAAGUAAAGGACUCAGGCUGAAACUUCCAUGGAAAUUUGGACUUAUUUCACUGAUUUCUUUAAGGUCUUCCUUAUUAUGCAAGAAUGGCAGCGGGAAGAUUCAAUGGGGAAUGAAAUGUAAUAUAGAAACUUUGGAAUAUUUAAGCCCGAGGUUGAUAGAAAAUGUGAUGUGACAUAAGAGCAACUCAGAAAUAACAAAUGGGCACCCUUCAGUUGAAUGCUCUUGCUGGUGUACAAGUGGUUACAUAAGCAGAAUACGAUAGCGUCGCGGGCAAACAAGAGAAAUCUCUUGAGAGCGAGUGGCCAAGUAUCAUUAUCAGUCGUAGGUCACAUUUUGUGAUGUAAUUACCAAUAUAUUGCUCAACAGAAAUUGAAAUUCA